AUGGCGAGGCAGUGCAGGAGUGAGAGCUCCCGAGGCGACUCCGCGGGUUCCUGCUACUACACGGGGUCAUGCAACUCCACGGGUUCCUGCUACUACACGGGGUCAUGCAACUCCACGGGUUCCUGCUACUACACGGGGUCAUGCAACUCCACGGGUUCCUGCUACUACACGGGGUCAUGCAACUCCACGGGUUCCUGCUACUACACGGGGUCAUGCAACUCCACGGGUUCCUGCUACUACACGGGGUCAUGCAACUCCACGGGUUCCUGCUACUACACGGGGUCAUGCAACUCCACGGGUUCCUGCUACUACACGGGGUCAUGCAACUCCACGGGUUCCUGCUACUACACGGGGUCAUGCAACUCCACGGGUUCCUGCUACUACACGGGGUCAUGCAACUCCACGGGUUCCUGCUACUACACGGGGUCAUGCAACUCCACGGGUUCCUGCUACUACACGGGGUCAUGCAACUCCACGGGUUCCUGCUACUACACGGGGUCAUGCAACUCCACGGGUUCCUGCUACUACACGGGGUCAUGCAACUCCACGGGUUCCUGCUACUACACGGGGUCAUGCAACUCCACGGGUUCCUGCUACUACACGGGGUCAUGCAACUCCACGGGUUCCUGCUACUACACGGGGUCAUGCAACUCCACGGGUUCCUGCUACUACACGGGGUCAUGCAACUCCACGGGUUCCUGCUACUACACGGGGUCAUGCAACUCCACGGGUUUCUGCUACUACACGGGGUCAUGCAACUCCACGGGUUCCUGCUACUACACGGGGUCAUGCAACUCCACGGGUUCCUGCUACUACACGGGGUCAUGCAACUCCACGGGUUCCUGCUACUACACGGGGUCAUGCAACUCCACGGGUUCCUGCUACUACACGGGGUCAUGCAACUCCACGGGUUCCUGCUACUACACGGGGUCAUGCAACUCCACGGGUUCCUGCUACUACACGGGGUCAUGCAACUCCACGGGUUCCUGCUACUCCACGAGGUCAUGCAACUCCGCGGGUUUCUGCUACUACACGGGGUCAUGCAACUCCACGGGUUCCUGCUACUACACGGGGUCAUGCAACUCCACGGGUUCCUGCUACUCCACGAGGUCAUGCAACUCCGCGGGUUUCUGCUACUACACGGGGUCAUGCAACUCCACGGGUUCCUGCUACUACACGGGGUCAUGCAACUCCACGGGUUCCUGCUACUCCACGAGGUCAUGCAACUCCGCGGGUUUCUGCUACUACACGGGGUCAUGCAACUCCACGGGUUCCUGCUACUACACGGGGUCAUGCAACUCCGCGGGUUCCUGCUACUACACGGGGUCAUGCAACUCCACGGGUUUCUGCUACUCCACGAGGUCAUGCAACUCCACGGGUUCCUGCUACUACACGGGGUCAUGCAACUCCGCGGGUUCCUGCUACUCCACGAGGUCAUGCAACUCCACGGGUUCCUGCUACUACACGGGGUCAUGCAACUCCACGGGUUCCUGCUACUACACGAGGUCAUGCAACUCCGCGGGUUCCUGCUACUACACGGGGUCAUGCAACUCCACGGGUUCCUGCUACUACACGAGGUCAUGCAACUCCACGGGUUCCUGCUACUCCACGAGGUCAUGCAACUCCACGGGUUCCUGCUACUCCACGAGGUCAUGCAACUCCACGGGUUCCUGCUACUACACGAGGUCAUGCAACUCCGCGGGUUCCUGCUACUCCACGAGGUCAUGCAACUCCACGGGUUCCUGCUACUCCACGAGGUCAUGCAACUCCACGGGUUCCUGCUACUCCACGAGGUCAUGCAACUCCACGGGUUCCUGCUACUACACGGGGUCAUGCAACUCCACGGGUUCCUGCUACUAUACGGGGUCAUGCAACUCCGCGGGUUCCUGCUACUACACGGGGUCAUGCAACUCCACGGGUUCCUGCUACUACACGAGGUCAUGCAACUCCGCGGGUUCCUGCUACUCCACGAGGUCAUGCAACUCCACGGGUUCCUGCUACUACACGAGGUCAUGCAACUCCACGGGUUCCUGCUACUACACGAGGUCAUGCAACUCCACGGGUUUCUGCUACUACACGAGGUCAUGCAACUCCACGGGUUCCUGCUACUACACGAGGUCAUGCAACUCCACGGGUUCCUGCUACUACACGAGGUCAUGCAACUCCACGGGUUCCUGCUACUACACGAGGUCAUGCAACUCCACGGGUUCCUGCUACUACACGAGGUCAUGCAACUCCACGGGUUCCUGCUACUACACGAGGUCAUGCAACUCCACGGGUUCCUGCUACUACACGAGGUCAUGCAACUCCACGGGUUUCUGCUACUACACGAGGUCAUGCAACUCCACGGGUUCCUGCUACUACACGAGGUCAUGCAACUCCACGGGUUCCUGCUACUACACGAGGUCAUGCAACUCCACGGGUUCCUGCUACUACACGAGGUCAUGCAACUCCACGGGUUCCUGCUACUACACGAGGUCAUGCAACUCCACGGGUUCCUGCUACUCCACGAGGUCAUGCAACUCCACGGGUUCCUGCUACUACACGAGGUCAUGCAACUCCACGGGUUCCUGCUACUCCACGAGGUCAUGCAACUCCACGGGUUCCUGCUACUACACGAGGUCAUGCAACUCCACGGGUUCCUGCUACUCCACGAGGUCAUGCAACUCCGCGGGUUCCUGCUACUACACGGGGUCAUGCAACUCCACGGGUUUCUGCUACUCCACGAGAUCAUGCAACUCCACGGGUUCCUGCUACUACACGGGGUCAUGCAACUCCACGGGUUCCUGCUACUCCACGAGGUCAUGCAACUCCACGGGUUCCUGCUACUACACGGGGUCAUGCAACUCCGCGGGUUCCUGCUACUACACGGGGUCAUGCAACUCCACGGGUUCCUGCUACUACACGGGGUCAUGCAACUCCACGGGUUCCUGCUACUACACGAGGUCAUGCAACUCCACGGGUUCCUGCUACUCCACGAGGUCAUGCAACUCCACGGGUUCCUGCUACUACACGGGGUCAUGCAACUCCGCGGGUUCCUGCUACUACACGGGGUCAUGCAACUCCACGGGUUUCUGCUACUCCACGAGGUCAUGCAACUCCACGGGUUCCUGCUACUACACGGGGUCAUGCAACUCCACGGGUUCCUGCUACUACACGAGGUCAUGCAACUCCACGGGUUCCUGCUACUCCACGAGGUCAUGCAACUCCACGGGUUCCUGCUACUACACGGGGUCAUGCAACUCCGCGGGUUUCUGCUACUCCACGAGGUCAUGCAACUCCACGGGUUCCUGCUACUACACGGGGUCAUGCAACUCCGCGGGUUCCUGCUACUACACGGGGUCAUGCAACUCCACGGGUUCCUGCUACUACACGAGGUCAUGCAACUCCGCGGGUUCCUGCUACUCCACGAGGUCAUGCAACUCCACGGGUUCCUGCUACUACACGGGGGCUGAUGCUAGGACCUGCGGGAGUCCGAGGCAGUUGCAGGACCAGCCGCUGGGCGGGCCGUCUUGUCGCGUGAAGAGAGAGGAGAUCGUGUCGAGGGAGAAGUGA